AUGCAAAGCAACGCGGGAGAAUGUGAGUCCCCUACACUCAAGCGAUCUAAAAUCAGCUCAAUGCUGCAGCAGCCAGAUGUCCGAGACAAAGUCCUCGAGUCUUUGGCGGCCCAAGGAAUUCCAUCACAUACUCCAUGUCUGAAACUAGAAAUUGCAGAAAAUCAAGGGAAACGGUUUUCUAUGGAGCAAAAUGAUGUGACCAACGUUUUCGAGGAAUUCGGAGAAAUUCAGAGCUUGAGGGUCUUUGAUAGCAUUGCGUUGAUCCUUUAUAAGGACAUCGUCUCUGCUUAUUUCGCACAAAAAGUGCUAAAUGGGCGGCAACUACCAGGGUUUAAUUUGGUUCUACAAGUAAAUUGAUAUCACAACCAAGAAGAAACCUCUCGCAUCCCUCUUCAAGACUUAUCAAUAAAUACGUCUGAAAUUACUCGAGCAUCAGAAAUCCCACAACCCAUAAAAUUCACAUGUCGAUUUGACAUCCAAAUUGAUAAUGACAAAGAAUUCCAAGUCGCCAGAAGACUAAUUGGCCCAAGAGGCUCUAAUAUGAAAAAAAUUGUAGAAAGGUGCUGCAAAGGUGUACAAGGCCAAGCACAUGAUAUAAUUAAAUUAAGACUCAGAGGAAGAGGAUCAGGGUUUAAAGAAGGCCCAGAUAAAGAAGAAAGCGAUGAGACCUUACAUAUGUGUGUCAGCUCAAAAUUUGAAGAUAAAUAUGAAAUUGCUUUAGUCGAAGUCGAAAAAUUAAUUAACCAGGUUUAUGCGGAGUAUAGAGAUUUUUGUUUAGAAAAAGGGAAACCAGACCCGAAGCUGAGAGCAAAAAAAAUUGAAAAUGUGUCAGGAAGGACCAUGAACUUUCCUGUUGAAAAAAUCAGAGAAAUUGAAGAAUUGGAUUCUUCAGAAAUUGAUAUUGAAGAGUUAUACCAGUUUGAUAAUUUUUUAUGCUAUAAUGAUAAAUUCAAAUAUAUUUCAUAUAUAAAAUAGAUUCUGGCCUUGCUAUCGCAAGGCUAAAUUAAAAGAAAAAGGAUAAUUGAUAUUAGAAAUGAAGCCAGACGACAAUGUAACUUCCAAGAAGCAGACAGAAUCAGAGAAAUUUUAAAGAAAAAAGGCGUCAUUUUGACUGACGAAAAAGGAGCCAGAGGAAGAGGCACUGAAGUCACUUCUUGGAAACAUAAGAAAAACCAAUAG